UUGGUACGGAAUGCAUUAGCAGCAAUCAAAAUUCAAUUAAUUUUGUGUCUGGCAAUAAUUUAAACUGCGAAUGCGUUACAAUGACCAGCAGGAAUUGUCCAACAGAUGUUCUCGCUGAAACUCAAAAUUUAUCACAACGCAUGCGAGCAGCAUACGAUGUAUCUCAGAGCUCCACCAUAAUCGGAGAUGCCGCCAUUUCCUUGGACACCCUCCGGAUGAACCUUGCCUCCUUGAUCGAGCAGGCGAAGAUCCGUAUCCACAAAGCCAGUGUUAACCAAACGGCACCGCUGACGGAGAAACAGGCCAAACUUCUGAACGAUGCCAUCUAUUCGGCAAGCUCGAUCCUACGAAAGGAGGAACAACUGGCGAGUGGCCAGAACAGGAAACGCGGAGACGCAGAUACGACGGUGGUCAGUGGGGAUAAUUUCCAGGAACAGAUGACCAACUUGAACAAACAGCUGAAUGCCGUUUCGAUAGAGAUGGCCAAACUGAAACGGGCCAACGAUAACAUCAUGAACAUCUACUCGAACUAUAUGCUGGAAAAUGAGGAAUGCGAUUCUGAAGAGGACGACGGUGAGGAUGAAACCGAUAGCAAUGAGGAAAAUAAUACGAUUUAUAAGCGUUGUUGAAGAUGGCAAGGUGGGUCUUUAUUUUGUUCGUACAUGUAUGUUUAUUAUAUUGGGAGA